AUAAAUUUUAGAAAGAGAGGGGCAAUGUUAUGAAAACAAUAAAAUACUUAGGGCUGAAGUUGUUAUUUAUACCUCAUCUCCUACUGACACAUUCCUCACUGUUCCAUUUAUCUCUUUAACUUUGACACAAACCCUAUUUCAUUACACUGUGAAGACAUGGAUAUGAUGAUGGAGCUUGACAAGCUUCCCGACCCAUUUUCUCUACCAUUCCACGACCUUUCUGAUUCAUCCAUCAUGGAUUUAAACUUCUCCGGCGGAAAUUCCACCAUCAACCACCGUGCACCACCGCAUCAACUACUACAACACCCCAGUUACCCUACACCGCAGUUUACAAUUUCCCACGAUCAUUAUCCACGUGCGAGCUGGCUACAACAGAAGCCAGACUCCGUGGAGGCGAUGAGGGAAAUGAUUUUCCGAAUGGCGGCAUUGCAGCCGAUCCAAAUAGACCCUGAAUCUGUGAAACCGCCAAAGAGAAGGAACGUGAAGAUAUCAAAAGAUCCACAGAGUGUAGCGGCGAGACACCGGAGGGAGAGGAUCAGUGAGCGGAUUAGGAUUCUACAGAGAUUAGUUCCCGGAGGAACAAAGAUGGACACAGCAUCGAUGUUGGAUGAAGCUGUGCAUUACAUGAAAUUCUUGAAAAAACAAGUUCAAGUAAUGGAACAGGCGGCUGUCGGAGGUGGUGGGGGAAAUAUACCGUCGACUGGAAUCAAUGGUGUUAUCGGAAUCUGUCCCACCACCACCAUGACUCAUCAUGACGCUAAUAAUUACCCGAAUGUAAUUAGAGCCUGCGGUGAGCCUAGUGCUCAUAUGGUGGGCUCUAUGGAGUUGCUCAAGUGAUAGAGAUGGGCGGAGGGUAGUUUCGUAAUUUAACAAUGGGAUUAACAGCCUAUUUAUGUUUGAAGGCGGGGUCUUAAUGGAUUAGUAAAGAUGGAGGGUGAAAAUGAAUAUACUUGUAUUUUCCAAGAGUGUAUAAGCAUUAUCGGAAAACUAAACUCCUACCUUCUAAAGGAGUUUGAUUAAUUUGUAAUUGUUAAUUAACAAAAUAAACUAUAUUACAUUUUUAUAAAACAUUACUCCAACCAAUUAUUGAUUC